CGUAAAGCCAUCAAGGUUCUCAGUCAGGCUUUUCUGAGGGGUUUCCUGCCUUCUCUCAACAACAUUGUUCUCUCAACCAAUCAGUCCAUGUGGUAUUAUCUGCAGCCCGUGAGUGUUCCCUUGUCCCCAGCCACGAACACCCGCAUCGUCAGCUCAGAAAGAAGCGUCAUCCUUGACUGCCAAGCGAAGGCUUGCCUAUUCUCCUGCCUUAUAAUGCUGAAGGAACCGGGUUUACUUCCAGAUUGGAGUCUAGAGAAGCCGAUCGAGCUGGCGAGCCAGUUGUACCACCACACUAAGGUGAGAAAACACACCGAGAGACCCUUGCUCUCCAGCUCUGCCUCCAGAAUGCCGAGAGAGAACCCCCACAGGCGAAAAAGUCGCAUAGUUCGGCUUCGAGUAUUUAGCUGGGGGCUGCCUCCCAACACUAGGUAGUGAGAAGGUUACACAGUGAUUACCGUCCUUCAACGACACUAUUCACACAUAAUUCACCAUGCGUUCCUCCAUCCUCUCCGCCGUGUGCCUCCUCGCGGCCGGCACAUCGGCCCUCCCCGCCUCAUCAGCCCAAGACACCACAACCACCACCCCCUCCUCCACCGCCUCGGCGAGCUCAACCCCCACCCCCUACGACUUCACCGCCGGCGCCGUGACCUCCUUUCCCAUCCACUCCUCGUGCAACAGCACUCUUCGGAGACAACUGGAGCGGGCUCUCGAUGAGACGGUCGAGCUCGCCGCUCAUGCGCGUGACCACAUCCUCCGCUUCGGCGGCGCCUCGCCCUUUGUGCAGAAGUACUUCGGCACCGGCAACGGCACCGAUGGCACCCCUCUGGCUUCGACCGCCAUGCCCCUGGGUUGGUUCAGCCGCGUGGCAUUAGGCGACAGAGGAAAUAUGACAUUUCGCUGCGACGACCCGGAUGAGAACUGCGCGACGCAGGAUGAAUGGGCAGGCCACUGGCGCGGCGCCAACGCGACGCAGGAGACGGUCAUCUGCCCGCCGUCGUACGCGAAGCGGCGCUGGCUCGACUCGGUGUGCGGCCUGGGCCACACCGUCGUCGGCUCGCCGCUCAACACCUUCUGGGCCACCGACCUGCUGCACCGCGUCCUGCACGUGCCGCAGAUCAGCGAGAACCUCGUCGAGCACUACGCCGAGGACUACGAGGCCGUUCUCGAGCUGGCCAAGACCGACCCGGCCAAGUCGGCUAUUGACAGCGACACGCUCCAGUACUUUGCCAUUGAUGUGUACGCGUUUGAUAUCGCGGCGCCUGGCGUGGGCUGCACCGAGGCGGAGGAGGAGGAGUAGGGUACCAGGCUUGUGAUGUCCUGCCUCCGUGCGGCUUGAGGGAGAUUAUAAUUAGACACUGCGGGAAGAGUUCCCCGUGAAGGAAAAGUGGUUACGAAUAGAUGACAAUAGAUAAUUCUCUCUCGGCCUUCGCCCAACCCGUA